GAAUAACUGAGUGCUUGGUCAUAUCUUAAUAAAACUGCAUUAGCAACUCUGCCAAAGAAGUAAGGGAAAAAUGGCUGAGAACAUUUUCCUGUUUAUUCCAAAUAUAGUUGAUUAUCUGCGGGUCAUCACAGCUUUUAUUUCCUUUUAUUACCUGCCGACAGAUCCGUGGAGUGCCUCAUUUUGGUAUUUACUGAGUGGACUUUUAGAUGCCAUUGACGGCCACUUAGCCAGAAUGCUGGAUCAGGGAAGUAAGUUAGGAGCCAUGUUGGACAUGCUUAUUGACCGUUGUGCCACUAUGUGUCUAAUGGCUGCUCUGUGUCACUUCUACCCAAAGUACAUGUUGUUUUUCCAGUUUAGCAUGGCAUUAGAUAUCACUAGUCACUGGUUCCAUGUCCAAAGUUCUUUGAUGAAGGGAGGAGAGAGCCAUAAGAAGCUGGAUUUGUCAGCCAACCCAAUCCUCAAACACUAUUAUCACAACAGAAUUAUACUUUUUGUUAUGUGUUCUGCCAAUGAGCUUUUCUUCUGCAUGUUGUAUCUGACCUACUUCACUCCAGGGCCAACUUUGUUAGGAAUUGGGCUUUUCCAGGCAAUUCUCUAUAUCAGUGCUCCACUGUCCUUCAUUAAGGCAGGGAUCAGCAUCUUACAGCUGAUAGCAGCAAGUAAGAACAUUGCUCUUAUAGAUCAAAGUGAUAGAGAGGCUAGAAAGACCAAGUAAAGAGAACCAGAUUAAUAGCAGCAAUAAAGGGAGGCAACUUAGCAUCAAUCACAAGUGUAUCUUCUAAGAGGAUGAUACUUUGAUACUCUUCCAUGUUUUAUUUGUUGUAUGUUUUUAUCUGUUAUAUACAUAUAUAAAUUGUUUUUAUUGUAAUCAAAUUCAUGUGUUUUAAUUUUAUUAGAGUUCAGACAAGUAUUGUGUGAUGUAUUGUGUAUGAAAUCCUAUUGCUGAUUUUUAAAGAGAUGAUUUUAUUUUAAUUUUAGUUGUUUAACAUGACUUCCUCUUGGUUAUGAAAAUAAUUUAUUAUUGAAAGAUAAGUAUGUUUGUUAAGUAUGUUAAAAAAGCAGUUUAAGAUGAUGGAAAGUAAAAGAUACAAAUCAAUUGUAACUGAGGCAGUGGAGUUAUUAAAACAUGUUAUAGGAUUGGGAUAUUUAGAUAUAUUAAAAAAAAACAACAUAUUUAUCAUCAACAAUUCUUAGAUGAACAAAAUUCCUCAUGCCAGAACUGGCAAUACAUGUAUUAAUACCACCCAAAGCAAGACCAGGGUUGUACAUUCAAAUAAGUUUUGGUUGACCACCUGCAAUGUGUACAAAAGAAUAAAGGGAUUUAAGGAAAUUUUUGGAAGAGAAAACUUAAGGGCAAAGAACAAUUAAUAUGAUCUUUUAAUUAUUCUAUAUUAAGCAGAUCAAGGAUAUAUCUGUUCAUUUUUAAAAUUAGCAGAAACUUUGCACAUUCUCAUUUAUUUCUGUGUAACGAAUGCAGCUAAGGAGCAGCAUCAAUAGUUAUAAUGUACUCCCAGAAAAAAAUGGACUGGACUAAUUUGCAUUGUCACUGAUAAAGUAUACUUGCUGCAAAAAUUAAAGUCACCCUUUUUUCUGUUGUGUGUUUUUUAAUCUCAAGCCAGAAUAAAUGUAUGAGACAUCAGAAAAUGAAGGAUACCGAACUGAUAGGGAUGCGUGAUUUUAUCAGUAUACUGGUAUAUUGCGAUUUUUUAUUGCAUGAUACGUAUCUUGAUACGGAGACUAAAAUACCGGUAUUUGGUACAUAACUAUAAAUUCUGGAAAUUAUUCAUUUAUUUGUUCAAACUAUUGAAUGACAAUUACAGGAAGUGUAAAAAAAUGUUGAAAACAGUUAAACAACGGCAUUAAAACAUUCUUUAUAUUAAAAUAAUGAACACUUUAAAAGUAGAGUUAUGUUUUUAUACCAUAUUUUUAAGGAAUAUUAUGGAAAUUCGUUUGAAAUUGUAGUAAAAAUUGUGUGUAAAAAUAUCACGAUUUAUUGUGAUAUUUUUGGGAUAGAAUCGUAAUAUAUCACGAUACGAAAUUUUUGCAGAUACCCAUCCCUACGAAUUAAUGUGUCAUGUCUGUAAGUAAGAGUGUCGAAAGCUAUUCCAGGCUUGUGUUAGCUAUAACCAUAUUAAGUAUUCAGUAUUGUACCAAAUAUUGCUGUUUGUUAAAUAGAUUUUUUAGUGUCAUUAGCUUUAUUGAUAAUUAUUAGUGAUAGUAUAUGUAUAUUUUUAAGUGUGUAUGCUUAUUUAUAAAUGAUGUAGAAGGUGCUUUGUAGCCAUUGUUAUUUUGAAAUUUAAAUUUUCUUGAUGAUUACAACCCUUUAGUUGAAAUAUAGUCCUAAAGAAGGGGUUCAGAUGAGUCCAAGACAUAAUUAUGCCAUAAAGGAGAUUUGUAGCAAAGAGAGAUGUUCCUGCUUGCAAUGCAUCAAAACGCAAAGCACGAAUAUCAGUUAUUAACAUAAGUUUUUUUUAUUAACAUACCGGUAAGUUUCAUCUGUGUUUGAAUUCUACAUUUUUACCACUUUAAAAACAAAUUUUUAUACUCAAAUACAUGUAUAUAUUUCUAAUUGUAGCCUGUUAGUCAUUCAUAUUCUUUGGAAGUUAAUUUUCAGUUUAUAUGUAUUAUUAUAAAUAAUGAAAAUUUAGAGAAAAUACUAUUAACAUUAUAUGUUUGUCUUUUGAAUUGUAAUUAACUUAUAUGUUCCUUGUGAGAAAAAAAAUAUUGUGUAAAUUUCAUGUCUUGAACAGGAAAAAGCUUUCAUUUUUCAGACUGCUUUUAAAACGAUGUAGAGUUUUCAGCUCUUGGUGAAAGUUUGAUGAAAGCAUUGGUCUACACAUUUGUUUUGAGAUUUAACUUUUAUAUUAAUGAUACAGUGGUUAAACCUGCAGAACAAAUAUUGUCAAUUUUAUUAACUAUUAUAUACAUGUAAUUCAUUUAUGAUCAUAUGAUUGUACAUAUGAAUAAAUUAGAUUUAGAUUUCA